AUGGUUGAGCCUUUCUUGGGAACCUGGAAGCUGGUCUCCAGUGAAAACUUUGAGGAUUACAUGAAAGAACUGGGAGUGAGUUCUGCCGCCCGGAACGCGGCAGGGUUAGUGAAGCCAAGCGUCAGUAUUAGUGUCAAUGGGGAAACAGUGAACAUCAGAACAGAGAGUCCUUUCAGGAAUACCGAGAUCUCCUUCAAGCUGGGGGAAGAAUUUGAUGAAACUACAGCAGACAACCGGAAAGUGAAGAGCACAGUAACAUUGGACAGUGGCUCAAUGAUUCAGGUCCAAAAAUGGCUUGACAAAGAAACAACAAUCAAAAGAAAAAUUGUAGAUGGAAAAAUGGUAGUGGAAUGUACCAUGAAUAAUAUUGUCAGCACUAGAAUCUACGAAAAGGUGUGA